AUGGAUGCGUGUCCAACUUCUUCAUCAGUAAUGCUAACUGAUGCGUACCUCGCUGCCUUGAAUAUCCCGCGUUUCAAAUGUGAUCGAGGGGAUAAAGAACAACUUAAAAUGCACCUGCUCUGCUCAAUGUUGUGUUGUCCUAAACAGAUAAGAGACGACGAAACUGUGUCUGCAGAAACUGUCAAUGCGAAUAUGUGUGAUGUUUCACGCAAUUACCUGAACUUCUAUACUGUCGGCAGGGUAGCAACAAAUGAGGACAGAGUGGAGAUGAAUAGAAUCAGUAAGAACUUGGAGCGUGUCUUUCAACUUCCUCUUUUUGCCACAGUUGUUGAAAUGGAUGGCAGAGCCAAAUUCAGGCCUAUUCCUCCGGAAUGCAUCAAGCCAUUGUACCAUAGAAUACUCAGAGGUGGUCAGUGCUUGCGUCGUAGAGAAUGGGAACAUGAUUCUAAGAAGGAAGCAGAAUGUAACACUCCAGAGGCGGUGUACCGAGCAAAAGUUGCAUGCAAUUUCCUUCUAGAACUUAUAGAAAGGGAAGUGAGAUGUCAAAAACGCCGUUUGGUUGAUUGGCAGUCAGUUCAAAGAAGAUAUCAAGAGAUGUUCAACGAGGACAGCGAAGACAAGGAAUUGAUGGAGUUUUACAAGAGGAAAUAUGGGUUGGAGUUUAGGUAUUCCAGUUUGAACGGCGAUAUGGUCAAAAUUUGGACAAAUCGCAGCACGAUCACGAAAGCGUUGUCUUUACCCGUAUUUCACAAGAUAUAUUGGGAAACAGAAGAGGAUACGGGAAAGCUCUGUGUUGGAUUCAAAGAUGACAUAAGAUUGUACGAUGAUGAAGAGUUGGAAAAAUCUGCUGAUGCAAUUCACGCGCGUCAUGAAAUGAGAAAGGAAAGAACUAGUAGCAAAAGUGAGAGGGGACUACAAAAUCGAGAAAUGACUAACAAACCAGCAGAUGUAAUCCCUUUGCGACAACGUAAAGGUUCGAAUGUCCUUCCCGAUGUUGUAUCUUCUCCUUUUGCCUCGCUUACUCGCCAAGAAAUUCCAUUCGACUCUAGCGUUGGAAACAAAGAGCAACAACGAAUUUUUGAUAUGAAUGAACCGCAAUACAUUCCUACUUCUGGAGACAUUAUAAACCUUUCUGCUUCCGAACCUGAGUCAGAAGAGUCGAUGAGUCUGGAAGGGGUGUACACUGACGACGAAGAACACGACAACAGUAUGCCGACCAAAAUUCCUGAAAAAAAUGCGACAACUACUGGUUCUGAGCAAAACAAAUAUGAUGGGUUGAAACGUGAACUUCCCCCGAGGAGAUCACCCCUUAGAUCCUUCCCUGCGAAGCCAUACUACGCUGGCGAGACUCAGCCAGAACAUGCGAAGGACUAUGUAGAACCCUUUCGUAAUCCUUGGGAGAUCGGUGAAGAUGAGAUGCCAACACAGAACAAAAAUACAGGAAAACAGCAAAAACACUUACCGUCUGCUACGAGAGGAAUAAAAACUCAAGCUGAGUCGAUAGAACGUCCUCAGUCGUUGCCACGACAUCUGUCGGCUUUUGCUUCCUGUAAAAGCAGAACGAAUUCUAGUAAAAGAGAUUCCGAGGUCAGAAAAGUGGCCCAGGAACGAAACAGUCCGGCAAUUGAGACUGAAAUGCAAACGCCGAGGAGAGAUUUGUAUGAGCGAAGAGGAGAUGAACAAAGUCGGCAGGAACUCGGCCGUGGAGCACUUAAUCAAUCGCUAUAUGAGAGUGCAAGCUCUGUCCACGACACCGAUAGAAGGAACUUUUCCGCUGCUCCCAAUCUGCGGCAUUGCGGUGCCGAUCCUCGCUGCAUUCCAGACGAGUCUGCUACAGUGCAGAAUCAGCGUGAUGGUUCUUCCUUCACAAAGUCUGUGUUUUCUCGUCCACUCGCAGAAAAUUGCGUUCGCUCUCGAAAUAGUUCACUUGCGAUGAGAAAUGCUCAGGCAUCACCUACUGUUUCGGUGGAUGCUGGAGCUGUGGCGUAUUCUCGAAGCAGUUGCGACAACUCUCAACAUUCGUUACUUAAUAAAAACGUGCUUUCUGGAGUUCAGGAUGACUAUGGGAAACGUAAUGAACUACCACGUCACCCCGAAAAAGAUGAUUUUAACGAAAGGAAGAGCGGUACUCCGUCUAGCUCUUCCGGUUCUGUCGAUAUGGGCUAUCGUAAGGAUCAGAACCCAAAUCCUCGUGGAAACUUAUUCAGAGCAGUAGAUGAAAGUUGUCGCCGUGACGCUGCACCAGAAUAUAAGGAGAGACUUGACUAUUCACAUCAAUGCCCUGACAAGAACGACGUUAAACGGAACUUCCCACAUUCACGUGAUGAUGAGGAACACAGCUACAACAGGGAUAUGCGCUCCGAGCGUGCCCAAAGGAGUGAAAGCUUUUGCCGCAACGCCAACAUUGGAUCGCAUCAUCCUCAAGGGGUAGUGGAUCCGUCGAAUUCUCGUAGCGUUAGCCAAUCUACAGCACCCUUCGCAAGAGCAGGACGUGAUCCUCUAGACAGCUUCCGCGCUGUGUCUCGUCAAAGCAUCCGAAGCUCCACCGUCGGCAGUGGACUUGACCAGGGUGAAAACUAUUCAAACACAGAGACACAACCUCUCACUGCUGAUCAGGAAGCCCGCUUGCGGAUAAUUCGUGAUUUCACUUUCCUGCAUCGAAAUGUGAAGGAUCUGGGAUUCCGUUGCCUCAGUCACGUUAUGUCCAUGCUACCACCUGAUGACAGUGUUGAUUGGGUUCGUCUCAUCCGAGAGCGACUUCCGGAAGUUGAGAUUGCUCCUUUUAAGGACAUGCAGCUCCUAGUGUGGAGAGGGGGAAGCGGACCAAAUCGACAUGGAAGCUGA